UCAAGAGCCUCAUCUGGUGUACUAAUAUGGUCUUAAGCAACGAUGGGAACGUAGGGGAAUCACAUACUCGUCUUCUACUAUUGCCCUCGUUACGGGAUUCCCAUGUUUGAAAUGCUGAAUGCAAGUUUAUCCUUUAUUAUCGAAAUUGUGGAAUAUAUAGUCUUUGUUGUGGAAAGAGGAAUAGUUUCAUGUCUACUGUCAGCACACCAAUCACAGCCGUUCAGUGCGGAGGGCAAGACGUCCUGACUGAACCGGUCAAAUAAUAAAUAAAGCAGUGGGUUCUCUUGCAGACAGCUGCUAAUUACAAAGAAACAAUCAUGGCAUAAUGUAGAAGUAUCAAAUAUGUGUACUUGAGCAGUGAUUAUUGUUUCACAGAAAGUACCUACCUGUAUAUUCAUUAAAAAUAUAUUUUCAAGAAAUAAUGGAUCAACAAAUGAUUUCAUUCGAUCAGAGUGGUUAUCCAAGGCUGAAGUUGAUUAGGCGCCGGCGGGAGCAGAGCGAAGAAGGUAAGAAGCUGCUGCAGGAAGUGCUUCGCAAGGCACGCCUGCGGGAUCUCCCGCCACUACCGGACAUCAACCUGCACCGCAGUGGCUCCUGCCGUCGCAGCCCCGCGCUGGCUCUCGCACGGGCGAAGCUCACCUGCUACAUCGCGGACAAAUCUCGUAAACCCCGUCCCAGACCCCAGGAGUACAGCACGAGGCUGCUCCACCGACCAGCAGAGCUGGUGCUGCCGCCUCCCAUGCAGUCCUCUUGGGAGCAGGAGAUCCUGCAGCUCGUGCCACCUCGGCUUGCCAAAAAGUACGCCGCGAAGGUAGACUCGCUGCUGCAGCAAGUGAGAGCUGACUAUGAGGCGACCCUCCACGACUUUGGGGUCCGGAUGAUGCAGCUUGCGUCGGGCAAGGUGCAACUGGCCGUCUUCCCGGCCGCGCAGCGCCCUUGGGGUCGUGGUCGAACUGACAGAUAUAACGUGUACCUGCGCCACAGAAGCUACUUCAAGAAGAGGUUGUUUCUAACGCACCCAAUACUCAGAGUCAUCCUGGAUAAGUCGUACCUGCUCAUUCCGCAGCAGCUCAACGAUUACCGCCAGUACAGAGAUUUGGGACUAGUUGACUUGCUGAAGCUGAGGAAUGCAAUAUCGGCCGAUCUUAAGAAGUCCGAGGCGUUGAUUACCAAUCAUUGGUAUCCCAAGAUAUGCAAGAUGCUGCCAUCCAAAAAGGGCUUGUCAUCAGUACCUUCACAGCUGUGGGUUUCUUUCCUGAACUGUGCAUCCCACGUCAUGGCUAGCAUGAUAACAGCAGCCAUGACGAGGACAAUAGGAAAGGUUUUGGAGGUGAUGUCGGACCAUCAUACGGUUCCAUUACUGAAGAUAGACCUCCUUCUAGAAGACACUGGUAUAGAGCUGUUUCCUUCAAAGAGUGAGAUUUAUCAGUGCUUCCACAAUGUUCUGAAUACAAUCGCGGGACUGGCCCAGAACCUCCCAGCGCUGGAGACCUGGGUGAGCGUGGUCUCGGACAAAGCGCUGCUCAAGGUAGAGCUGUGCCCUCACUACCUGGAGAAGGCACACCGUGCUCUGGACGCCAGUCUGGACCUGCUGUUCCAGCCCGUCUUCGACUACGUCGCCUCUCUCAGUGAGUCCCGUAGCCCCGCACGAACGGGUUGCGAGCGCGCUGGACCAACACUCGUUAUGCUAGUGCGGCGUACUGAUUCCUCAUUUCAACUGCACGUCAAGUGUCUGUGCGUGUGUAUCUGAGAGCUCGCUUUGUCGCCGUUGUCCGUGUUUCAAGUUGUUCUUUACGUUAUACAGGGCCGUAGUCUGGAUCUUGCAAAGCAGGGGGGUUCGGUAUAACUAUUAUAUUUUUUUUCAUGUUUUCUUUUUAUUGAAAUUUAAAAGAAAAUAGAUUUUCACGCGAAAAUCUUGGAAUAGUAGUCUUUUAGAACGCCAACGUUUACACAUAGAAAUUAAAGUAAUGAUUUUGCUUAAGAAAAUAAAAUUUAACAUUUUAUAUUUGGUUUUUAUUUCAUUGUUUUUUUGUACAUUGUUGUUAUAUCAAUUUUUCAAUGAUUUCAUUAAAACAAGUCAUUAAAAUAUAUAAUAAUGUAUUUAAUUAAAUUAAUCACGAAUGCCAAUUUUGUAUGAGAGACAUGGUUCCAGUAACAUGUGUGCAAACUGGCAUUAAACCUAGAUUAUACUUGGAAACAGAAUACCUGCAGCUCCUUUGCAUGAGGCAAGUCGGACUAUAAUGGGGAGGAAAUACAUCAUUGUAGCCCACUACCCCUUAUGUAGCUAAGUUGCUGUAAUUUUCUUAUUUUGUCUUUGCUGGGUUUGUUUUAAAUCCUGGAAGGAAAGUAUCCAUUCCUCGCAGCCCUCCUUCCUGGCUAUGUCCCUACGUGAUGUAGAAAUACGUGAUCCUUUAAAAGGUGCAGUUUUCAUGUUUCAGAUAAGAAAUUUUCUCCGUUGUUUGAUGAAUCGCAGGCACAAGUAAUGAAAGAAUUCUUUAAUUCUGAGCCAUCAUUUGACAAAUGCUGUGAAAAAGUGAAGUACUUCAAAAAAUAUUUAACCAUGAUCUCUUGCUUGGUGACAAAUGAAUAUUUCUUUGUUGGCCG